AUGUUUUUGGGGUGGGAUUUGCUGACUCAACAGUUGAAGAUAUUGGUUUGUCUGGAUACUUUGAUUCCUCUUCAAGUGUAUUCUGUAGAGUUUGAUACGUUGCCCAUUGGAAAGAAAUAUGGUGUACGUAAAGGAGUACUAGAUUUAGGAGAGGGUUGUAUUGUAUCUCCAAUUGAAAUUUGGCUUGAUGCAAUCGAUCUGGUGUUGCAACAAAUGAAGAAUGAUGGGUUUGAAUUCCUGAAAGUUAAGGGUAUCUGUGGCUCUGCGCAACAACAUGGAAGUGUUUAUUGGAAAUGGUCAAAUGAGCAGUUACAAGAUGCCUUGAAAUCAACAAAUGAAAAUGAACCUUUACUGCAAAAGUUACUGGGGGCUUUUAGUUAUAAUUAUUCUCCUAAUUGGCAAGACCACUCGACAGGAAAGGAAGCCCAAAUCUUUAAAGAAGCAAUUGAUUUACCUAAGGUCACGGGAUCCACUAGUCAUUUGCGUUUUACUGGAUUACAAAUUAGAAAGAUUUCAAGAACUAUGCCCGAAGUUUAUAAUGAUACCUCUAGAAUUUCAUUGGUGUCAAGUUUUAUCACUACUUUGCUUGUGGGGGAUUAUUCUGACUUGGAGUUGGCUGAUGCUGGUGGUAUGAAUUUAUUUGAUAUGAAUACGAAUGAUUGGAAUGACGAGUUACUCUUGCUUGCAGCUUCCCAUUCCAAAAUUUAUGAUGGCGUUGAAUCGGCAUCAGAACGUGAUGAAGCAUUACAAGAGAUCAAAAGAAAGUUGGGUAAGAUUGAUGCCUUGUCGUCAUCUUCAUUGUAUAAGAAUGCUGGAAGAAUAGCUCCAUAUUUUGUUUCUAAAUAUGGAUUCACUACAGAUUGCAAAAUUUAUCCCAUGACAGGUGACAAUCUUGCAACUAUUCUUGCAUUGCCCCUUCAAGCAAAUGAUGCUCUUGUAUCUUUAGGAACAUCAACAACUGUUCUUAUUGUCACUGACAAUUAUAAUCCAUCUCCUAAUUAUCAUUUAUUCAAGCAUCCCACAUUGCACAACCAUUAUAUGGGGAUGAUUUGUUAUUGCAAUGGUUCAUUAGCAAGAGAGCAAAUUAGAGAUCAGUUACUGGAAUCUUCAACUUGGAAUGAGUUCAACCAAAUACUAGACUCUCAAUCGAAAUUUGAUGGGAAAUUGGGUAUUUACUUCCCAUUAGGUGAAAUUGUUCCAACUACCCCAGCUAAGAUAUAUCGCCGAUGUGAGUUUGAUCCCACAACGGGAGCUGUGAAUAUGAAAUCUCUGUGGGACAUUAAGAACGAUGUUUGUGGUAUUGUUGACUCUCAAGCUUUAAGUUGUCGUGUUCGUUUGGCAUUUAUGCUGGCUCAUAGUAAGAGUUCCAAAAGUGCGACACCUGAAAUCGAUAACAACCCUUCAGAAAAUGCAAGUGAUUCCAUUCCAUAUAAAGAUCUUGUUCACUAUUUCCCUGAUUUAUCUAUUGAUGGCACCAAGAUUACGAAGGAAAUGGUUUCAUCACACCCUAAUAGAUGUUUCUAUGUUGGAGGUGCCUCUAACAAUUCCAGUAUCAUUCGGAAAUUUGGUACUAUCUUAGGUCCCCUGGCAGGUAACUUUAAAGUGGAAAUUAGUAAUGCCUGUGCCUUGGGUGGAGCUUAUAAAGCUGCUUGGUCUUAUGCUUGCGAGGAAGAAAACCAACUUAUUGACUACAAUGAAUAUUUAGAAAAGUAUUACAAGAAAGAUCAGUACAUUGAAAGUUUCGAUGUGGAUUCUCUGUUUGAAUCUUACAGUUUGGGUAUUGGAUUGUUGAGUGUUUUAGAAAACUCAAUAACAAAAUAA